AUGUCUGCCAUUCCCACUCCACCCCCUCUCGAGGGAGAGAAGUAUACCUUUAUGCCCGAGGAGGUGACUGCGUCGCUCGUCGACAACAUGCACCCCUCGAAGGUCACCCAGCUCCAGCGAAAGAUGGGCGACACAGAGCUCUCAUACUACCUACCCUCACGGCAGACAGGCGUGAACGACAUGUACUUGCACCUUGGGUUUCAUGCCCCGGCACGCUUGACGCGCCGUGCACGCGUCCGUGCUGUGUGGGGCAUUCUCCGCCUCCGGCACCCACUUCUCGCCGCCCAGGUGCAGAUGCACGACUACGAUGACGUGCGGUUCAUUUAUUCCGCGCCAUCAUCACCAGACGAUGUCCUGGCAGAUGCUGAUGCGACCCUGGAGUACAGAAUGCAGGACAAAGACGAGCUCAUCGACACAUACCUUAAUGGCCCUCGCACCUUAUCCAACACCAGGCUGUCGUACCUUAUCCUCUCGGAGCCCGCAUACUCUACCAUUCCGACGCCUCCCCGCACACCAUCACCUUCGCGGACAACAACGACGUCGGGGCCGUCCGAGCAACAAGGCGAGCGCGCGAAUCAAUACGACCUCCUGAUAUGCGCGAUGCACUUCCUUGGAGACGGGAUGGCCCUACAUCAGUUCGCGAACGACUUCUUCGGGCUGCUGGGAAGCGAGAAGAGCGACGGUGAACUGGAGGAGGCUCUCACCGAAGAGUGGCGCACACGCUGGGAAAACGUGGCGCACGAUGCGAGCAUCCUCCCGCAGGCCCUGGAGCACAACAUGCCGCUGUCGCCCAGUCGAUUCCGCCGGGCCGCGGCCAAGGUCGACUUCCAGAUGUCGCAGCAGAAGCUCGUCGGCGGGCAGGCGUUUCCCCGGCAGAAGCACGCGGAACGCCAAACCGUCGUCCCCACGCUCGCGUUCCCAGAGGACCGCAGCAAGGCGAUGCUGAAGAAGUGCAAGGCGAACGGCGUCUCGAUUUCCGCUGCACUCUUCGCGCUGUGCAAUGUCGCGUGGGCGCGCAUGGGCGGCGGCGAGAGGGCGCUGCCCGUCCUGAUGUACGCCGCGCUCAACCUGCGGCCGUACUUUACCGUGAAGCGCCCCACACUGUGGGACUCGUAUUGGUACCUCGCGAUUGGGUACUUCGACGUCGUCCUCCCGAACUUCUUGCCGGCGGACCAGAAUCGCGUAGAGGCAAUCUUCUGGCACCGGGCCCGCCAGGCGAAGGACCAGAGCACGCACGCCGCGAAGACCCCGCUGGUCCCCUCGCGCACGCACGAGAUGGCUCGGGAGCGUGGCGAGCGUGCGUGCGGCUGGGCGCGAGAGGAUGACGAGAAGGAGAAGGGGACGUGGGUGCCACCCGCGCCCGCUGCACCGAGUGCGCCUAGAGAGCCCGUCCUGCCUGCGCGCGUUGAGGCGCCCUCUGCUGCGCUCAUCGGGCUGUCGCUCCUCGGGAACCUCGAUGGCAUAUAUAAGCACGCGACGUUCCCCAACAUCGAGCUGCACACGCUCACGACCGGCUCGCGGCAGCGGCAUGGCGCGAUGCUGCUGUUUGGUUACACAUUUAAGGGUAAGCUGUGGGUCAGCCUGGGGUACGACCGCAACGGGUUCAAGGGCGAUGUGGUUGAUAGAUUCUGGACGGAGCUGCUGAAGGGCAUUGACGAGUUCCUGCGCUAA